AUGGCCGACAACGCCGCUCAAAUUGCCCGAGUGCGGCAACGGUUAGCUGAGCUUCGGGCAGAGGAAGACCGACUGCGCGCAGAAGAUGCCGACAUAGAAAGGAGAAUACAAACUGAACAAGAGAAUCAGGAGGAAGAGGAGAAAAGGCAGGAGGAGCAGGAGGAGCAGGAGGAGCAGGAGGAGCAGGAGGAGCAGGGAGAGGAGGAAGUGCAGCAAGAAGAGGAUGAUGAAGACAGAAGGUUUGAGUUUCUCCAAAAGAAACAAGCGUUCCAGUUUGAGAAAUUUCGAACCGAAGGCCGUUUCAUGACCAAGGCUGAGACCAAGGCGGAGAAGUUCCUGAAUAUCAAGAUCCCGAAGCGCGGACGGUACCGUGGGCCCGGCCUCCUCUCAGGGAAAUGGAAAGGGUCGCGCUUUGAUUGGGACCCAGAUGACAUUGGCGGCCACAGGAACUCCAAAGAGGCCAAGCGGGCCCGGAUAAGUCUUCAGCGAAGGCUCAAAGCUCACAAGUUCCACCUGGAACGCACACUCGGAUGGGGAGGGAAUGGUAUCGCUUCACUCUACCGCUUCAAGCGGGGCCCCGCCGGCCCUGUUGACUACUUCGUCGUCAAGUGCAAUAUCGAUUCUCAGAAAUCGUUGCGGGGCUUAAGGCGAGAGAGGGAGAUGCAAAGCGUAUACCGAAACGCUCUGCAUAUCGUUCAGACGCUGGACUUUAUCCCAGCUCCAGAGCGAAAUCCGGCUGCAUUUGAUCCUAUGAUCUUUCUCAAAUACCACUCGCGUGGUAGCCUCCACAAAGUCAUCUGUACUGCUCAAGAAAACGAAGACCCUUUCCCCGACCGGGCUUUGUGGCACAUGUUUCGUUGCUUGAUCAAGUCGUGCAUCGCGAUGGAGUACCCCCCUUCCAAGGACGACAAGUAUCUCGCUACGAACGAGAGGGGUGAAAUCAUCCAGCCACUCACUCACGAGGUUAGCGAGCGUAUCCCUCCGGACCUCCGAGCCCUCUACGACCAAGCCAUGCAGGACGGAACCUGGAAAGACAUGGGCAAUGCUCCAGGGGGGGAAGGUUUGGUCCAUUUUGACAUCGACCCCCAGAACCUUCUAUUCGGUGGCUUCCCCACCGUCGUGGCACGCGACGACCCUCAUUACGACUUUCCCGUUCUGAAAGUGGGAGACUUUGGUAAUGCUUUCAAGGUUGACGACGCCUUUCUAGCUUCGCGUCAUUACAUGUGGACGUUCCGCGAACAGGCAAAGCCAAAUUUCAUGGCGCCGGAGCAAUUCACCGCCGAAUGGGAUUGGGUGGCGAACAACCCCACCGAGCAGGUCUUCGUCACCGAAGAAGACCGGCAAGGGGAUAUCUUGCCCCCACCCCCCAUCGAGAUAGCCGGAAAGUACUCCUUCAAAACCAAUCUCUACCAGCUCGCGCUCUGCAUGAUCAGCGCCAUAACCUUCCACCUCCCCUCGCUGCCCCCCUUUCCGGGCAAGAUGCAAAUUACAGACCCGCAAGACGGCGCGCGCAAGACGGUGUGGUCGUACGGCGCGUACAUCCUCGGGCCCCGGUACAGGAAGGUCGACCCCAAGCUGCGGCACCUGGUGGCCUGGUGUCUGUGCGAGAAGCCGGCGCACCGCCCGCCCCUAGGGGAUUUGUUGCGGAGGGUAGAUGAGUUUUUGGCGGCUAAGCGGUGGGGGCCGGAUAAUAGUAAUGAGACGAUGCAGCGGUUCAUGAGGAGGAAUGUGGAUCUGCCGCCACCGCCGAAGAAUAGGACGCAUUGGGUCGAUGAGACGUGGAAUGGAGCCAGUUCGAUGCCGUAUGAUUGA